AUGCCGCCUAAAAGGUAUUUCGAGCAGGAUGAGGCUUCCCCGGAGGUGGUGGCUACCUCUCAGCUCGAGGUUGCCCAUGCCACUGCCUCCACCGAAUCCCCCAACAAGAGCAAAAAUCGCAGCCACAACAGGGAGCCUAAGGUCAACUCGACCCUCUUCAUCUCGAGACUUCCCUACACGGCGACAACAACCGACCUGCAGACCAUGUUCAGUGAGAUCGGUCCACUGAAGCGAGCCUUCGUCGUCACAGAUCAGGAAACCAAGAAGUCCAAAGGUGUUGGUUACGUCACAUUCGCCAUCCCUGAGGAUGCCAACACCGCCCUUGAGCAGCUCCAAGGCAGUUCGCUCGAUGGUGGAAGCAGAAGGAUUCAGAUCACAUUCGCCGACCAAAAGGACCCAACCGGCAACAAGCGACCCACUGUCAAAGCCGAUCCUGACUCGCCCUCCGCCUCCAAGCGGCCUCGUACAGAUGCCUCCAAACCACCUCGGUCCAUUGCUGCAAUCCGCGAGAAGGAUGCUGAUGCUGUACGAACUGUCAUUCUGUCCGGUCUCGCCGGCUGCAGUCCCGCCCCAGACUCCAAGCAGAUCUAUAAGCGAGCCCGAAAGAUUGGUGACGUCGAGAAUGUCAUCUACCCAUACACUUCUUCGCCAAACCCCGACGAUGUCGCUCACGUCAUCUUCCGCACACCCAACCACGCCAUGACUGCGGUCGAGAAGCUUCACGCCCAUAUCUUCAAGGGCGUUCAAAUCAGCGCUAUCCUAAAGAAGCGUGCCGACAACGCUGCCAAGAUUGCCGCACACAUGCGUCCAGAGACACUCGCAAAGAGGGAGAAGAUGCGCCAGGAUGUCGAGAAGAACAGUGGAAAGGGCUCCAUGCCAGUAUUGCUGUCCGAUAUUGACAAGUCCAGCAGGCUCAUCAUCCGUAACCUGCCGUUCGAUGUCAACGAAGCUGAUCUGAGAUCCAUCUUCUUGCCCUUCGGUCCGGUCUACGAGAUCACUAUUCCCAAGGUCAAGGCCAAGACUACCGCUGCUGAGGAGACAAAGGUGGUGAAGGAGGAGGACACAACUGUAGAAGCAGAGGCGAUCGAUGUUGAUAGCGACAGUGAUGACGACGAUGACUCUUCCGAAACAGGCGCAUCAGAAAGCGAGGCUGAAGAGGAAGGCGACGAGGAGGUGCUCGAUGUAGAUGACGCAGACGAGCAGAACAGUGAUGCUGAAGAUGCGGAUGAGGACAAGGAGGAAGAGGACAGCUCUGCUGCUUCUGAAGUUGAAGCCGAAGCUACUGCUGCUGCCACAGACGACAUAGUCGUCAAGACAGAAGAAGAUGAGAGCAUCGAUACUCUCGCUGCGCCCGCCGCCAAGCCUACUCCAGCCGCACCUGCACCGAAGCCAGCUGCCGAGAAGGGUCGUGGUUUCGCCUUCGUCUGGAUGGCUUCUCGUAACGACGCUGCUCGUGCCAUCGAGGCAGUCAACGGCAAGACCAUCCAACACGGCGCUGCUGAACGUGCCGCCUACAAGGCUGCUCUCGGCUCCCGUGGUCGUCGGGUUGCCAAAGCCGCCCUCGACCGUGUCCGUGAGCAAGCCCAACCGGAGCGUGUUGUCGCUGUCGACUGGGCACUCAGCAAGAAGGAUUGGGAGGCAAAGGCUGACGAAUCCGAACCCGAAGACGAUGCAAAGGACAACGACAAGGCCGAAAACGGAGCAUCCGGGGACGAAAACAAUGAUGAGCCAGCUGAGCGACCCAAGCUCCCCGCACCCGAAGAAGGUACCACCCUCUUCGUCCGCAACUUGCCAUAUCAGGCCACCGAAGAAGAACUCCGCAACCUCUUCCGCACCUUCGGUCCCCUCCGUUAUGCUAAGAUCACGAUGGACAAGACUACCAACCGCAGCAAAGGUACUGGAUUCGUUUGCUUCUGGCAGGCCGAUUCUGCAGAGGCAGCGCUUGCUCAAGCCAAGAUCAUUGAGCGCGAAUCUGGUGUUUCUGGCUCCUCGUCCGCUCCCACCUCAGUCGCGAACCAGAAGAACCCCUUCGCAAUGCCUUCCGUCCUCACUGCCGACCCUGCCGCCCCCCUCACCGCAAGCUUGAACCUUCACGGUCGUGUACUCAACGUCAUUCCCGCUGUCGCACGUGAUGAAGCGUCGCGCCUCGAAACUAGCGGCCGCAAGGAGCGUGAGAAGGGCGACAAACGUAACACUUGGUUGCUGCGCGAAGGUGUUCCCUUCCCCAACUCUGACUUUGCCGCCAAACUCGCACCCAGUGAAGUCGAGAAGCGUCUUCAAUCCUUCCAAGUUCGCAAGGCGCAGAUGGGCGCCAACCCCUCGCUCUUUGUCAGCAAAACACGUCUCUCUGUUCGUUCUUUGCCGCUGUUUGUCUCUGACCGCAUGCUCAAGCGUCUCGCUAUCCAUGCUAUCAAGGCUUUCGCCGCCGAAGUCCGCAAAGGCGAGCGUGAGGACUUGGAUGCAGACGAAAAAGCCGAUCGCACCGUCAGCUCCUCUGUGGAGAACAGAAAGAGGAAGCCUGGAGAGCGACCCACCGCUGUGGUUCAGUCCAAGGUUGUCCGCCAGCACGACCGAGUGGAAGCGUUGACAGGAAUGGGCAAGUCGAAAGGUUACGGUUUCUUGGAGAUGAAGUCGUACAACGAUGCACUGAAGGUGAUCCGUUGGGCGAAUGCCAAUAAGACCGUCUCCAAGCUCUUCGGCGAAUGGUGGACCGAUGAUCUGCAACAGCAAGUUGACCGUAUUGCCACCCAGGUUCACUCCAAGACCAAGACUCUCGAGGAGAAGAAAGGUGAAGAGGCGGAUGCAUUGCGAGCUGAGAUCGAAGAGCUCAACACGCGUCGUCAGCGUCUGCGUGCUAAGCUUGCUGAACUUGGCGAAAAUGGCACCGGCGCAGAGAAGGAGAGAGGAGGAAUGCUCAUGAUCGAAUUCGCCAUCGAGAAUGUCGUCACCACCAAGAAGAGAGCAAACAAACUCAAAGCGAUCAAAGAAGGCGCUGAGCGAAGAAAGCAGAGAGAGGAACAGGACGCAGAGGCCAAACAGGAGGAAGCUGAACAAGCGAGAAGAGAAGCUCAGGCUGCUCGGAAGAUCGAGGCCGAGAAGAACAAGCCCAAGGGUUAUGCACAUGGUCAUGUAAUCGGUAAAAAGAGGAAGGAGAGGAAGGCGCGAAGGGGUUAA